UUAUUAAUUCCAACCAUAUAAUAUAAUAAUAUUAACAAUCUCAUUGAAUUAUUGUAAUCAUCAUCUUUCCUUCUUCCUAUUUUAUAUGCUUAGAAAAAAAAAUCCAUUUUCUCUGUCGUCACCACUGAGCCAAAUGACAACUGCUUUUCCAUUAUUGAGUCCCUAAAUUUCCCUUAGCUCACAUACUAUGCCACCCCCACCCGACACCCCCAUCACAGAAAUAGAAACAAAAACAAACAAAGUUACAAUUUUGAUUCAAAAAAGGGGUAUUUACAGCUAAAUUUAUAGCUACAGAUGGAGGGUCUGAGAAUUUUGAGGAGCUAUUAAAAUGGCGGAUGGCCAACAACCACCAUUUUUUAUGAGGUAUGAGCAGCUAAGCUUUUGAAUAAAGAAAGGGGCCAAUAAAAAACUUGUUUUUAUACUCAUCCAGCAAGUUACUACUUGUAUUUAUUAUUAUUGUGGAGAGAGAAGAAGAAGAUUGAUUGUGUCGGUGCUUUUAAGAUAUUUGCUUUUUCAUUUUUAUUUAUUUUAGGAGAAUGAAAAAAAUAAUUCCUUUUAAGAAAAUCAACGUAGAGUAGCCACAACCGCACCCCAUAACCUUUCUUCACUUCCAGCUUUUGCCUUUUUCAUGGGUAUUCUUUCUCUCUCUGUUAUUCCUCCUAGUCAAGCUCUAGAUUACAGGGAAAUAAAAAUUUUGUAAUUAAGCCCCUGUAUUUUCACAUAAUUAUACAAUCAGAGAGAAAGAGAAGGAAGAUAUAGAGGGAAAGACGAAGAUGGAGGUGGGUGAUGGGAUUCAAAGUGGAGGAGUUGCAAGUUCAGGGGGGUGUUGUGGCGCUAAGAGAAAAAACGAAAGGCCUUACAAAGGAAUAAGGAUGAGGAAGUGGGGAAAGUGGGUUGCAGAAAUUAGAGAGCCCAAUAAGCGUUCGAGAAUUUGGUUGGGCUCGUAUUCAACGCCGGUGGCGGCGGCGCGGGCUUAUGAUACGGCGGUGUAUUAUUUACGCGGUCCUUCGGCCCGGUUGAAUUUUCCUGAGCUGUUGGGUGGUGAUGGUGGGCUUAAUGAUUUAUCUGCUGCUUCAAUUCGUAAAAAGGCCAUAGAAGUUGGUGCUCAAGUUGACGCG